CCAGAAGUCGUCGUCGCACUGCCUGAUAGGGUUCUGGUGCGGUAUGAAUUCACAUGCAUAGGGAUAGAUAUGGUCUGAGAGGGAAGGUGCAGCACCGCGGACUUUCCCAUGUCUUUCCGGAGUACCAGGCUAGCAAAUACUUGCGCCUGUUUUGAUAGGGACUUCCUGGUGACUCAAUUUGCCAAGCGGCAUUUGCUGGCCAACAGCUCGUUCUCCAGGUGUGCCUCGUUCUUUCCGCCCCUUCCCUCAUUUGCCUCCAUUUCCCUGUCAUGAUUCCUGUUCCUCCUUUUGCUCUUUUCCCUUUUAUCGACCUGCCUAUUUGGACGCAUUUACUCUUCUGCUCGUAAUCCGUCGUCAUUUUGGUUGUAUUCUCUGGUUUGAUGUGGCUUGUGCGUGAUCGUCGUGCAGACAGUCUGAACCGCCGGGGGGAUUGUGGCGCACAGCCAGCGGCCUUGUGUGAAUUGUGAUCGACCAUGGGCUCGGAGGGGUUCACGCAGCUUCAGUUGAAGCAGCUUCGCGACGUGAUGCAAGGCACGAUCGAGGAUUUCUUACGAGAUGUAGUCCGGUCGGAGUUCGAGGCAUUGCGCCAUACAGAGCGCCGCCCUGGUAAGCGUUUAACCAAGGGAUUCCUGGGGACGGGAUCUGACUCGGUCAACCAAGGACAGGACCACUCUGCCAAUCUCUCACCCCGGCACUCAUCCAAAAGCGAGGCGAGAACGUCAACAUCACAAAUGCAGCGCGCCCCCGCAAAGAGGGUUACACCACAAAGAACUCGCAGCAGCGAUCAGCGCUGGCGAGAUAUGGUGCAGAAUUCAAGCAAUGUGCUGAGCGUUGCGAAUAACAUGAGUUAUUAUGAGAAGCUCCGCUUGAAGGCACAACGGCUUAUCCAUAAAGGAUCUAGAUUCGAUGCUGUGGUUGGCUUCAUUAUAGUGGCGAAUUCUGUUUGUAUAGGUAUCGAAACCCAGCUUAGGCUGGAAGGCGACUUGCCAGUUCACUUCGCAUGGUUCGAGUCGUUCUUUCUGAUAUGUUUUAUACUGGAGCUCGUAGUGCGCUGGGUGGCAGACGGGGUUCACAAUCUAAAGCUCAAGUGGUUUUGGUUUGAUGUUACGCUGGUGCUCAGCGGUGCUGUUUGCUCUUGGAUCCUCGAGCCCCUCGAGCCGGUGUCGAAUGCGGACGACGUGCCAGUCAUAUCCCAGGUCCUCACUCUCCGUGUCCUCCGCCUGAUGCGGCUUGUCAGGGCGGUGAGGCUCAUCGAGCAGUUCAGGGAGCUGUGGAGGCUCUGCUGUGGGCUCACAAAGUCGGUGCGCACGAUGCUCUCCGUAUGCCUCUUGGUGUUGGUCGUCGUUUUUGUCUUUGCCUGCAUGGGUGUUGAAAUUGGCGGAUAGCAAAUGCGGAAAACCUCAGCGGUAACGAGGAUACGGUCGAGAUUGUGAGGGACCAUUUUUCGAGCUUGCCGAUGGCAAUACUGACGCUGAUCCGUGUCCGCUUCCGCGCACAUAUCCGCCACCUCGCCUGUGGCAGCAUCGCUUGGUACGGCCUUGUCUUCGCGGCUGCAGCUUGGCGCUGCAGGUUGGCACGACACGGGAAAACGUGCGCGCACACAAGCCCGCACACCCACACAUGCACACGCAAUCGCACGCGCAUGCGUGCGCACGCAUAGCCGCGGCAGUGCCCGGUGGCGGAUGCAGUUCGCCAACGCCGAUUCAAUCGCAAGUGUAUACAUGCCGAUUUGCAGGGCGCAACCGGCUUUCGCGAUCUAUUU